CGUCGUUACAUCUUUUCACCGCCUGAGAAGCUACAAAUCGUCGUCGUCGUUCUCGUCUGUGAACACUACCACAAUGGCAGAGAGUUCGUCGAGGAAGAACCUCAAACGUUCCUUCUUAGAAGAUGAAGAUUCUGACAAGCAACCACCUUACAGUGGCUACGUUUUGUAUAAAACUCGCGUGCAUACGCUAAGAUUUGGAUUCUCUCUGGCAGAGAAAAGCGAGUACGGUUUCCCAAGGGGAAGAAACCUAAACCUGAGCAGAUCGUUGAGGAAGACACUGUAGCUCGCCGCCAAGCUCGUGACGCUGCUAUGGAGCGUGCACGGCUCCGCAAUCUGAAUACUGCUUCCCUCUUUACUGAUGAUGACGGUAUUGAUCAGGCCGAGGAGAUAUAUGAGAAUGAUGGGAACCGCACGGAAGAUGGGAUCCAGAUUGAAGCGUUUAGUCUUGAUAGAGAGAAAGAGGAAGGAUACUUUGAUGCUGAUGGGAACUAUGUUGAGUAUGUUAGAGAGAAGGAAGACAAGGAUGCAUGGCUUGACAGUAUUGAAAUGAAUCCAAUGUAUAUUGGACGAUCUGCUGCUAAUGAUACUGGGAUGGAAGAAGAUGGUGGGGAAGAAAAGCCAGCGGAUGAACUUUCUCGAGAAGAUAUUGGAGUCCUAAAGAGGCGUAUUGCUAGCGUCCUUGAACCAGGAGAAACGGUCCUGCGUGCUUUGAGGAGGUUGAAAGGGAACACUAAUAAUCGCAAAGAGAAGAUGAAUUCUGAGACAAAGCUCAUAUUUGAUCAGCUUACUGAGGAUGCCAACAAGCUCAUCCAGAAUGGCGAUUACAAUGUUUAUAACGAGGAGCAAGAAGUUUUUCAGCGUGAAGUAGAUGCAUAUGAGAGACUAGUUCAAGAAAGAGCGAAAGAUUGUGAUAUGUUUGGCGAUGACGAAGAAGAUACAGCUGGAGCCGUGCAACAAGGGGUCACAAAUGAUGGAUCUGAUUAUGUCUAUGACGAGACUUCAGGGUACUACUACAGCAGCAGCAUUGGUUACUACUAUGAUCCAAACACUGGACUUUACUGCUAUGCAGCAACCGGCAAAUGGUACAAGUACAACGAAGUGACGAAGGAAUAUGAAGAGGUGGUUGCAGAAGUUGCUCCGGUGGAAGUUUAAUAUCGUUAGUCUGUACUUUUGACAUAAGAUUUCCCCAGUUAAAAUGUUUUUUUUUUUUAGUUUGAAAAAUGAGCACAUAAUGACAUGCUUUUGAAUAUAUAUUUCAAUUUAUCAUUUAUUUAGUGUU